AUGGAUGAAAGAAAGAAAGCUCUUUCUUUCUUUCAUCCAUCCUUCCACCCUUUCUUUCUUUCUUUUCUUUCUUUCUUUCUUUCUUUCUUUCUUUCUUUCUUUCUUUCAUCCAUCCAUCCUUCCACCCCUUUCUUUUCUUUUUUUCUUUCUUUUCUUUCUUUCUUUCUUUCUUUUUCCUUCCUUUCUUUCUUUCUUUCUUUUUCUUUCUUUCUUUCUUUCUUUCUUUUCUUUCUUUCUUUCUUUCUUUCUUUCUUUCAUCCAUCCAUCCUUCCACCCUUUCUUUCUUUCUUUCUUUCUUUCUUUCUUUCUUUCUUUCUUUCUUUCUUUCUUCCACCCUUUCUUUCUUUCUUUAUAUAUAUAUAUAAUGAAUCUAAAUUAAAGCUUUCUUUCUUUCAUCCAUCCUUCCACCCCUUUCUUUCUUUCUUUUCUUUCUUUUUCUUUCUUUCUUUUCUUUUUCAUUUCUUUUCUUUCUUUCUUUCUUUCUUUUCAUUUCUUUCUUUCUUUUUUUUCUUUCUUUCUUUCUUUCUUUCUUUCUUUCAUCCAUCCUUCCACCCUUUCUUUCUUUCUUUCUUUCUUUCUUUCUUUCUUUCUUUCUUUCUUUCUUUCUUCCAUCUAUCCUACCAUUUUUUCUUUUUUGAUGGAUCCUUUAUUUCUUUCUUUGUUCUAACCAUCAAUCCAUUCUUUCUUUCAUCCAUCCUUCCACCCUUUCUUUCUUUCUUUCUUUCUUUCUUUCUUUCUUUCUUUCUUUCUUUCUUUCACUUACGUGCUAAUACUCUUGCGAAAGGUAUGAAUCUUAUUCUUCUCUCCCCCCCCAGCUAG